AGUAGUGUACAAAAGAACCAAGAGCCAGGUGUGCCUUUGUACAUCGUCUCCCAGAUAUUCAAUCCCACGAAUCCCAAGAAAAAUAAAGAAAAAAAAAAACAAAAUCAAAAUCAAAAUCAAAACACCCAUGAGAAAAUGGAAUCCGCCACCCUCGUAGCUCUCCUCUCUUCCAUCUCCCAACUCAUCGUCCUCCUCCUCCUCUCUCCCAACUCCGCCGAUUCCAAUUCCGCCGCUAAUGCCUUCCCAAUCGUCAACAAUUUCCUCUCAUCCCACGAAACCGCCGCCGCCCUCUCCCUCCUCACCCUUUCCCGGAAACGAAAGCGAACCCAUUUCUCAGAACGGGAUUCUGAGCCCGAUGACCAUGAGAGCGAUCAUGAACUUGGCGGCGGUGACUCAGUCCGACUCGGUCUGAGUCGGAGCCCGGACUCGUUCAGAAACUGCUUCAGAAUGACCUCGUCCACCUUCGAAUGGCUCUGCGGGUUACUCGAGCCGUUGCUCGAGUGUCGUGACCCAGUUGGGUCGCCUCUCAAUCUCUCUGCCGAUCUCCGUCUCGGUAUGGGCUUGUUUCGGCUGUCCACCGGCUCCAGCUACCCCGAAAUUUCAAAGCAAUUCGGGGUUUCGGAGAUGGUGGCCAGGUUCUGCGCCAAGCAAUUGUGCCGAGUUCUUUGCACCAAUUACCGGUUCUGGAUUGAAUUUCCCAACCCAAUUGAGCUUGAUUCUGUAUCGGCGGCUUUCGAAACCCAAACUGGUUUGCCCAAUUGUUGCGGUGUGAUUGACUGCACAAGGUUUAAAAUUGUUAGAAAUGGUGGGGUGCAAGAAGAAAGCAUUGCUGCCCAAAUCACGGUGGAUUCUUCGUCACGAAUUCUCAGCAUAGUCGCCGGUUUUCGUGGCAAUAAGGGUGAUUCAAGAGUACUAAGGUCGUCGACUUUGUACAAGGAUAUUGAAGCGGGAAAGUUGUUGAAUUCUCCUCCGGCUUCUGUCAAUGGGGUGGCUGUGAAUCAGUACUUGAUAGGAGAUGGAGGGUAUCCUUUGCUUCCUUGGCUUAUGGUCCCUUUCGUUGAUGCCGUGAAGGGCUCACCCGAAGAGCAUUUCAAUGCAGCACACAAUGUGAUGCGCCUUUCGGCGCUUAGGACGAUUGUAAGUCUGAAGAAUUGGGGUGUUUUGAGCCGACCAAUACAAGAGGAGAUGAAGAUGGCAGUGGCUUAUAUCGGCGCUUGUUCGAUAUUGCAUAAUGGUUUGUUGAGGAGGGAGGACUUUUCUGCAUUGUGUGAUGGGUUGGAUGAUUAUUCCUUGUAUGAUCAGAGCUCUCAGUAUUAUAGGGAUACUAGUUUGGAGGAGAAUUCGAUUGAGAGGAAGGCUUCUGUUAUUCGAAGUGCAUUGGCUACGAAAGCGAAAUAGUUUCAAGACACAAACUUUUGAAUUUUGUUCAACUGAAUAUCCCUUGGAGAUUGGUUCACAAGAGGGAGUAGCUAUAGAACAAUUUUGUUUUAGCAGGUAAAUUUGGAUACUUUCUCGUUCGGCAUUACAGUUAUGCUUCCAUAGAUUAAAUACUGCUGCUGCAAUUUGCUCUGGUGUUUAUUUCCCAUUCUUUUAAUUUAUUUUUGAAUAAAUAUUGCUUUUGCAAACAAUUUUUGACAACUUAUGUUUGAAGAUGUACCCAUCUGAUGUCAGCAUGCAAUAAUCAAAGUGGAAAUAUGGGAUUUUUCCUGUUGUGAAUGUGAAUCUAUUAGUUGGACAUUGUUAUUCAUUUCUUGAUGAAGGCUUAAUCUAUCUACAAUGGAGAUAGUAUUUUUGCUG